AUGUCAUCUACUCCAAAAGUCAUUCUUGUUUCAUCCGACGAUGAGAAAUUUCCCGUUGAACAGAAGGUUGCCGAAAAGUCAAUCUUGAUCAAAAACAUGAUUAAUGACUUGAACCCCGAUGGAUUAACUGAAGAUUUCGAAAUACCUACGCCCAACGUACGUGCUAAUGUCUUGUCCAAAGUAUUGGAAUGGUGCGAGCACCACAAGAAUACCGUUUUCCAAGAUGAUGAAGAUGAAGAUGCCAAGAGAUCAGUACCUGUUGAGGAAUGGGAUAGGAAUUACUUGAAGGUUGACCAGGAGAUGUUGUAUGAGAUUAUCUUGGCUGCUAACUACUUGAACAUUAAGCCGUUGUUGGAUAGUGGAUGUAAGAUGGUUGCGGAAAUGAUUAAGAAUAAAAGUCCUGAAGAGUUGAGAAAGACUUUUAAUAUUGUCAACGAUUUCAGUCCGGAGGAAGAAGCUGCUAUUAGGAAAGAGAACGAAUGGGCCGAAGAUAGAUGA